UUUCCUCUCCGUCAACUAAUAUAUUGUUUUAGUUUUAUGUGCCAAUUGGCAGCAUUGGAAAAGUGUCCGGUGGUGCGCGGUUAGAUUAACAAAUAUAUCUUUUUAUUUUUUUUCAUUUUUGUUUUAGGCUGUUGUUCUUUCUUCCAAUAUAACAGUAAAGGGCAGUCCAAAACUUGUGAAAGAAAAAGAAAAAGAAAAAGAGGAUAAUGAGUGGAGAAGGAAAGGUGGUGUGUGUGACAGGUGCUUCUGGUUUUAUUGCUUCAUGGAUUGUUAAGUUCCUUCUUCAACGUGGUUACACCGUCAGAGCCACUGUUCGUGAUCCAAGUAAUCCUAAAAAGGUUGACCACUUGAUUAAACUUGAUGGUGCAAAAGAGAGGUUGCAACUCUUUAAGGCUGAUCUUUUGGAAGAUGGUUCUUUUGACUCUAUUAUUCAGGGCUGUCAUGGUGUCUUUCAUACCGCUUCACCUGUUCGUCAUGUCGUAGACGACCCUCAGACUGAGUUGAUUGAUCCGGCACUAAAAGGAACUCUUAAUGUUCUUAAAUCAUGUGCGAAAUCACCUUCUGUGAAACGAGUUGUGUUUACUUCUUCUGUCGCUGCAGUUGCGUUAAACACAAGGCUGAAGAAUCCAGAAGUUAUAGUUGAUGAAACAUGGUUUUCAGAUCCAGAUUUCUGUAGGGAAUCACAGUUAUGGUAUCCUCUUUCAAAAACUUUGGCUGAGGCUGCUGCCUGGGAAUUUGUAAAUGAAAACAAGAUUGACAUGGUUGUUAUCAAUCCAACAAUGGUUGCAGGACCUCUCUUACAACCAGAGGUUAAUGAAAGUGUUGAACUAAUUCUAAACCUAAUAAAUGGCAUACCUUUUCCAAAUAAAGCUUUUGGAUGGGUGAAUGUGAAAGAUGUUGCCGACGCCCAUAUUUGCGCAUAUGAGAUUGCUUCAGCUAGUGGAAGAUAUUGUUUGUCUGAGCGAGGGGUACACUAUGCAGAACUCGUUACGAUCUUACAUGAUCUAUACCCAGCAAUCCAAAUUUCAGACAAAUGUGAGGAUGAAGAACCAUAUUUGACAACAUAUCAGAUUUCCAAGGAAAAGGCUAAAAGCUUGGGAAUCGAGUUUACGCCUUUGGAAGUCAGCCUCAAGGAGACAGUGGAAAGCUUCCGGGAGAAAAAGAUUGUCGACUUUUAAUCCGCCAAGACAUCUCACUUAAUCAAUAAACACAUGAUAAGAUGUUAGUAGCAGAAGAAUAACACUUAUGAUUGUUUUGUUGAAUAGAAGUUGACAACUUCAAUCAUGUUCAAUUUGUUAUUAUUAUAAACUCUGUUGUUGUGAUGGAAUUGCCAUUGUAAAAUAUGGUGUAUAAAAUUUGUAUUUAAUCAAAACGGGUCAAUAUUGUUCAGCAAUGGAAUAAGGUCUAAAAUUGAGUUUUAA